UGAAGUAGACGUGCGUCGGUGGAAAGCGUCGGAGAGGAAAGGCAAGAGAUGAUGGAUGGCCGGCGCGUGAGGAGAGAGAGGAGAAGAUUGUGACGACUCUGCAGAUGCGGCCUUUUGAGUUACGGACAAAUCAAGAAGGAAAGUGGAGGAGGAAGUCCGAAGAGAUGGAGAAGCUCUCUUGUCUCUAGAGAGACGGAACUGUUGAUUGAACGUGUGUUGUUGAGCCCCUUUACUCUCUCUUUCGCCUGCUCUCUGCUGUCUACACAUUCCUUUUGUUCACCCUCUUCCUCAAUCCUCACGUCAGGAACCCGGAUCAACAGGAGGAACAACAAGACACAGAAAACUCACGUAUUCCAUAGAUUGAAUCCACAAGCUAUCUCUCUCUCUCUCUUCAUUACUCCAAGAACCCCAUUGAUAACACCUUUUCCUGCACUCGAUCUCCAAUAAUUGCUUUCCAAUUUUGACCCAGAAGAACUUUUCUUUCCAAGUUCAUCCAAAACUUCCCAAAAUUGUUUCCCACCCCUCUGACCCAACCUCAACAUCUCACAAAGCUUCCUCUUUCUUUCAAAAUAUAUCUGUUCUCCUGUCUGAAUCUCUUUCUCUCUUUCUCUCUCAUAGAGAUUGGACAUUAGAGAUGUCAUGCCCUUCAAACUCGAUUGUCUACAAUAACACCCUUUGUGCGUGUCCUCCGGGCCAGCUCCUGAACCGCACGGCCAACAAAUGCACCCUACUGGUGGCCAACUCCAUCAUUGACACUGACUCCGGCGUGAACUACUCCGUAGGCUUUCCGAUUACCCUCUUCGAGUUCGAAUCCAUCAAGAAGUUCACCAAGUCCCAGGCCAUUUUCCUCGAGGCCACGCUGUUCAUGCUUAUCUCCUGGCUCUGCUUCUGCUUCUUCCUGCGCUUCAUGAAGCUUGGGGAUGGCAGGAACCACUGGUUCAAGCUCAGGUGGUGGAUUAGCAGAUUCGACGUUUGCUUUGCCACUAGGCACUGGCUGGAUGACCAGAAGGUAGUUAGGAAGCGGAAGACCGAACUCGGUGGAACGUUUUCAAUUGCAAGUUGGAUACUUUUCAUUGGUCUGUUUGCCGCGUUGCUCUACCAGAUAAUAUCAAAUAGUUCCGUUGAGGUGCACAAUGUCAGAGCAACAAAUGCACCUGAUUUGGCCUCCUUCGUCAUUGACAUGGAAUUUAAUAUCACCACCCUUUCUAGUAUGAGCUGUUCAAACUUACGUGGUCUUGAUACUUUGGUUACUGGGAAUCCUGGCUUUAUUGAUCAAAGAGUUUCUCUUCUGUCAGAAUUUUCAAAUCACUCGUGUCAUAACACGAGUCGGGGACCAACUAUAACUAUUAGGUGCAACCGUUGUAAACUCUUCCAAGACAAUUUGUACAUUUCUUGGCAGUUCAUUGAUCUUCCUAAUAAUCCUGCAACUGCUGUUGGAUUUCAAUUCAACCUCACUUCUAGGAAUCAAGAUAAUAAGAAACAUGUGAGCUUUGUAUCUGGAACGCUAAAGAAUGGAAGCAGUUUUGAUGAUAAACCAGUUACAUUCAGAGGGAGGGUUGCAAAUGUAUUGAAAUUUAAUUUAUUUCCCCGAAUUUAUCGCAAUCUACAUGAUCUAAGGCUCAUCCAGCCUCUAUUUCAUGAAUUUCUCCCGGGUUCAUCGUAUGGUGAGACAAGUCAGCUCCAAGCCUCCCUUGAAAGUUCUAAUGAUGGAGUGAUCAACACCACAUUGUACGUAAAUCUGCUCUCUGACUAUAUUGUUGAGAUCAACAAUCAAAAUACCUGGGUUCUUGUAAGCUUCAUUGCAGAUGUUGGUGGUCUAUAUUGCAUCAGCAUUGGCAUUUUUUUGUAUCUUUUGGUGCAAUUUGAGUGCAGAAUAAAAAAACUCCGCAAUGAAGAUAAUGUUAUGCGAAUGAUUAGAAAUCAGCGAAAGGCUCAAGAUCACUGGGAUAAAUUGAGGAAAUACGUAAUGUACACCUGGGGUUGCAGUACAUUGGAUGAUGACUACAACAAGCCUAAAGAGAAUUCAAGUUGCGGUGGUUUUAUGCUUCAUCCAGUCCACAGAAAUGGUUCAUCACGCAAGCGAAGCCAACCAAACAAAAUGAAUCCCAUCACUUUGAGCAAGAAACUCACCUUGCCUAGUGAGCCUGUAAAAUGUGAAGUUGUUGGCUCUACAAGUAAUGGGAAACAGCAUUCUAUUGGUUUAUAUGAGGGAGGUUCCUCCCAGCCUCAAGCAUUUUCUGUUGCAGAUGAUAAUAUCAUUCCCCUGCCGCCUACACUAGAAUUUAAGGCUGGUUCUGAAAUGGAUAUGUCUGAUAUCCAGAAGAAUCUCACAAGUUUGUACGAGUACAAUGCCAUGCUGAGGGAAAAGCUCCUAGCUGCUCAAUCUUUGCUUCAUGCUUUGGCUGCGAAGUCAUCAUCUCCUGUAACAGAGAGCAAAACAUAGCAUUUAAGCAAGUAGGAGUCCUUGUCGCUCCGCAUUACUGAGAAUUAUGUUGAGAGUUCACCCAAGAAUGUAUGGAAUUUUAUUCGCACCUUCAACCUUGGGAGGUAAAAAUUUAUGGGAGUAAUGAUCAGAUGACCUUCCUACAGACAGACCUCACAUAACUGAAAAGUCCAGACUUAAGCUUGUCAUAUCCAAGGCCACUGCUUGGUGAAGGAUUGAAGUGGCUUGGGAAAGGAGGGGAUCACUCCAUGUACUUAUCCAUGUGAUGUUCCUGUAGGAAGUUUCCUUGAUAUGAUUGUUGUGGCUGUUUGCUUUUUAAUUUGGUAACAUUCAUGGAUGGGCUGCAGAAUUGAUCUUGUUUAUUUAAUAUUGUAAUUGCAGGAGGAGGCCCUGUAGCAUGUAACAUUAUUUCUACCUUGUAAUUUUUUCAGAUUUUGGUUGUACAUCUAUUUAGAGAAAGAAGGUGGGGAAGGGCAGAAAAGAAACCAAUAUAUGUUGGCUUGGGUUAUGGUGAAGGUUCAUUUCCUUGUGCUUUUAAUAUGCUGUUUCUUAGAUGGGAGUAUUUGCUCACUUAUGGCAACAUUGCUAUAUCUUGGACUUUUUA